AUGGAGUCCUCCGCGUCGGAGCAGCUUCAGAAUUAUUGCGAUCUGAAGACGGUGGAGAUGCUUGGAAAGGGAGCUUACGGUUUCGUGCUGACGUGUUUUGACAAGGAGCACACGCAGAAAGUGGUUGUGAAGCUGCAGAGCCCAAGAUGGGCUGCUGUUGCCGCGCAAGAAUGGGCUCAUGGCUCACAAUGUGCCCACGACCACAUUGUUUCUCACCUUCAGGUCCUUCUCCACUACGAUGGCAAGAGUGAGAUGGAAAGGAAGAUCGAGAAAGCCUUCGACGACGGUGUCUUCAUAGGGAAGCGGCCGAAGAUACUCCCAGACAGAUACGUCUGUAUGGUCUUGGAGUACAUGGAUCGGGGAACAGCGCAGCACUUGUCCAAGGAGGGCCUGCUUGACCUCGAAGGCCUGGCAGCCAUUGCCCGACAAGUCUCUUCUGCCCUGGCCUUCAUCCACAAGAGCAAGCAAACUCACAACGACAUCAAGCCAGAGAACAUUCUCUUGAGGAAGGCCGCAGCUGGUGACCACCUCGUCGUGAAGCUCGCAGAUUUUGGGCUGGCCCAGUGGUCCGUCGAACGUCAGCGGGAUGCCGAGCUGAUGGCUUACAGCCUUUGGUGCCUUGGGCUUGACGAGCCGUUUGAGCACAUGCCCUCUAAGCCAGAAAGGCCAGCUGCAGCAGACAGGUUCGAGGGCAAGGCGCUUCUCAAGGACUCUCGGCAGGACCUGCGCAGCGCGCUGGCCAAGGCUGUCCGAGAUCUUUGGGCUGGUUCGACCGAGAUGGCUGUUGUGGCUGCUUCGGAGGAUUUCUGCAACGCGCAGCUUACCAUCCACCAUGCCAAGCAUACGGAGGUAGAGGCAAAUGCUAGACAAGAGAUUCCUCCCAGACUGGAGCGACAAGCCAAGCUUUGGAAAGCAGUGCACAUGGCAAACAUCGUGAGAAGGUGGAGCCAUGCGGACUGCCCGCGCACCGGUUCUUGUUUGCUGCUGAGCACACUCUGUCUGUAUCGGUUUCUUGAGGUGUGCUGUGCCAUCUCUCUUCUAUCUCUCUCCCCCUCUCCUCCUUCCCCUCUCCCCCUCCCCCUCUCCUCCUUCCCCUCUCCUCCUCCCCCUCCCCCUCUCAGUCUCCCCCGCCCCCCUCUGCCCCUCCCCCUCUCCCCCGGUCCCUCUCCCUCUCUCCCUCUUCCUAUUGAUAAUUGA